GAGCACUAGCAUAGCCGGGUGUAGUAGUGGGGUAUCAUGGCUGCAACUGAUCCUUUGGCCGAAGAGGGCCUCGUCGACUCGGUCACGGCCUAUGUCAGAGCGUACAUGGCAAACUACGACGGCUCCCAUGACUUCAACCAUAUCCGGCGGGUCGUAGGCCUUGCUAAGUACAUCCAUGCUCACUCGCCGGAGACGCCGGCGCGCGACCCGCAAGUGGUGGUUCUCGCUGCGCUUCUCCACGACGUAGGGGAUAAGAAAUACCUGAAGCCAGGUGAGGAUGCUUCCACUAUGGUGUACGAGCUUCUCCUGUCCCUAGGCGCCACCGAGCAACUGUCCAAACGAGUCCAGGCAGUUUGCUUGGGCGUUAGCUACUCGAGCGAGGUCAAGGACCCGGCUCGGGUACGAGAUCUCAUCAAAUCCCAUCCGGAGUUGGCCGUCGUGCAAGACGCCGAUCGACUUGACGCCAUUGGAGGCAUAGGCAUCGGCAGGGUGUUCACUUUCACUGGCGCGCAGAAGAAGGCCUCCAUGGCGGACUCGAUCCAGCAUUUCCAUGACAAACUUCUGAGAAUAGAGGGCAUGAUGAAGACAGACGUCGGACGAGAACUCGCCAAGGUAAGAACCGAGAGGAUGGAGGAGUUUCUUAAGUGGUGGGCAGAGGAGGCAGUUCUACCAAGCGAGCCAGCGGACCCCGCUCCGACAGAACAAUCAGCCAGUGCGAGAUGGACGAUGAGAGAAUAGACAAGAAGAGAAGACUCUUGCGUCUCCUGAUGAUUUGAAUAAUAGUAAGCAGGCUGGAUGAGGAAAAGAGCGACGAGGCAAAUACAUAGGUACUACUUUAUCCUCACCGCCUCCCGAUCACCGCCUCUAGAUUGCGGGUGAAAU